GUUGAAUGGCGUCGUUAGAGGCGAACUUAUACUUUUGUCAUGGACAUAAACUUUCUGAAGCUCUUUAUAAGUAGCACACGUAUAUUUAGCAAUACCGGCCUAACACUCGCCAUUUGAAUAAUAAGUGUAGCCUACCCUGAUAUUCUCCUUUAUAAGUCAACACUCCCUAAAUCCCAUGCCAGAAACAAAGAUCGCGGCGACCUUCCCGUCCGUCCAGGAUGUGGUCAAGAGUCCAGCCUUCCCGACAGCAAUGUGGCAGCUCGAGCCGCAUCAAAGCGGCCUCCUCCCCGUCGCUGCCGGUAGAGGCGGGCCCAUAAACAUCAGUUGGGAAGUCCACGGCGACGGUCCUAUAAAACUCAUACUCCUCUGCGGCCUAGGUUUCUUCAAAAUCGCCUACCAGCGGCAAACCAUGCACUUCGGACACAUCCACGGAUCGCAGUACUCCGUCCUGAUCCUCGACAACAGAGGCAUGGGCCGCUCCGAUAAGCCGUUGUCGCGGUACAGCACAUCGGCUAUGGCGCGCGACGCGCUGGAAGUGAUCGACCAUAUCGGCUGGACGUCGCCGCGGGAGUUACAUGUCUGCGGCAUCAGCAUGGGGGGUAUGAUCGCGCAGGAAUUGGCGUAUCUAGUGCCGGAGCGCAUCGCUAGCUUGAGCCUGAUUUGCACGGCUGCAUGUAUCGAGAACACGACUACGUUCGCCGAGAACAUGAUGAACAGGAUCACGAUGCUGCUGCCGAAGAGUCUGGAUCGGAGUGUGCAGUAUGCGGCUGGGGCUAUCUUCCCCGCCAACUACCUAACGGCACCAGACACCGCCACAGUCCCCGACGAGACCGUCCCGCGGUGCAAAAUCCCAGCCGGCGGGUACCUCAAGUUCAACACCAACUACGAGCGCUUCGCCGCUCAAGAAAUCACUAAGCAGCGCGACACAAGCGGAUUCACCAAGAAGGGUUUCCUACUGCAGCUCGUCGCGGCAGGCUGGCAUUACAAGAGUCCGGAGCAAUUAAAGGAGAUAGGAGACAAGGUAGGCCGCGAGCGGAUCCUAGUUAUGCACGGGACUGACGACGGGAUGAUAUCAACGCCUCACGGGAGGAAACUGAUAGAGUGGCUGCAACCGGGCGAAGGCUUAAUCGUGGAUGGUCUGGGCCACGCUCCUAUUAACGAGCGAACGCAAUGGUUUAACGAGUUGCUCGAGGCGCGGUGCGCAUUAGGUGAGAAGUUGAGUGGGCGGUGAAGAGACAGUAAU